AUGUCAAAAUGGGUUCUCAGCACAAGGGAGAAGUCUCCUAAAGUACUUAAAUUUGAGAAUUUUGACUUACAAAGUGAUCUUAAAGAACAUAGCUAUUCUCAUAUACAAGAUGGUUUGGGUCAAAAGCGAAAAGAGAGGAUUUUGAAGAAUUUUGAUAAAUUCAAUCGACAGUCAAGGAUAGAAGUUCGAACGACAAAUAAUUGGACCGCAAAGCCUCGAACAAUAGAACAGAAGCCAGCCUUUGGAAAUAGGAGUGAUCAAGAGAUGCAUCUUGACCAGCAUAGUGACUAUGACAAAUCCAUCACUGAGUUUAAGAAACUUGUGGCCAACUCUGUCAGGAAGCUUCAUAGCUGGGAUAAGAAGGAUGUUAUAAGAAAGGAGCAGUUAUAAUCAACCCUCUGAAGAUUCUAGUCACUCCAAAGAAGAAGUUCCUCCGCAAGGAUCUGAUCAAAGUGUCAGUGAUGAACACUAAUAAGUCUCAGCAGACAAAUGUGGCUAAAUAAAAACUGGGAAAGUAUUCAUUUAGUCUCCAAAUGGCAAAAAUUUCCUAAAAAGAAGAAAAAGGACCAGAAUAACUUUAUGAGAACCAGAAGGAUCAAUAAUUUGUACUACACUGCAUUGAGGAAGAAGGUCAAGCAAAGCUUCGGUACUCAGCAGAAUAGCAGAGAUCAAUCAGUAGAACCAUUUCCUUACCAUGUUUCUGCUAUCACCAAUCGUACGAGACCAUGUGUGUAUCCUUCAGAGAAAAGAGAUAAAUUCACUAAAUUUUUAGUUCAAAUGCUGGGAUCUACUCCAAACAAACAAGAGAAAAAGACUUCUAAGAAUAUCCCAAAUUCUGAUGUGAGAAAGUGUAUCAGUAUCAACCGGAUCAGCAAUAUAAUUCCAAAGACACCUGAGGUAAGGCAACUCCAGGGUAAAAAGACAAUAUCUAAGACGAAGACAAAUGUUGAAUUUCCAAAGCAUGCCCUAAAUAUAAAGGAUUCUCUAAAUGUCACCAAUGAAAAUGUCACAGGUGCUAAUCUAUAUCACCCAAAAAUCACUUUACCCAAACCCCAGGCUCUUCGGCAGUCCCAGAACGCUAAACAAAAGGUAGAGGUCAUUGCAUGGCAGAAGGAACAGAAGGAUGACGACUCGAUUAUCACAUUUGAAUAAGCCGGCCCCUACAAAAUUC